UUUGGGCUUGUGAGAAUGCUGAAGCCUGCCUCUGUGUAUCAGGAUGAGCACUACAAAUGGAUCUGGGGCCACUGAAGAAAAUGAAGAGGCUCAUGUUGUGCAGCUCUAUCCCAGGGUGUCUGACGCAGACAUGCCUGAUUGCUGUCCCAUUCAGCUCACUGCAAGGGAUACCACAAGAACUGUUAUCCAAAAGGCUAUUGCUGGUCUGGGUCUGGAUGCCACACAGACAUACAGUCUGCUGGAAGUCCGGAAGAGCGGUGAAGAGGCAAUGAUGCUGGAGGCUGCGGACCACCCUUUGGUGCAAGUUCUCCUCUGGCCGCCAAAAGCCCAUAAUUGGCACCCUCAGAGCAGCGGGUACUACUUCAUCCUGUGGCAGAAUGGAGGCACCCAAGUAGAAUCCAGCAGAGAAGCUUAUGAUGACCUCUGCAAUCUACAAACUUUAAAUGAAGACAGUAUUCUGGAGGCCUUACGCCAGCGUUUCUACAAGCACAAGAUCUACACUUACAUCAGAGACAUCCUCAUCGCCAUCAAUCCCAAUAAGUUCCUACCUGUUUAUUACAACCCCAAAUAUGUCAAGAUGUAUGAGAAUCAGCCAUUGGGAAAGCUUAGUCCUCAUAUAUUUGCCAUAGCUGAUGUAGCCUACCGUGCUAUACUGAACAGGAAAGUUAACCAGUGCAUUGUGAUGUCUGGAGAGAGCGGCUCAGGAAAGACUGAGAGCAGCAGCUAUCUCAUCCACUGUCUGACUGCCCUCAGCCAAAAGGCAUACUCCAGUGGCCUGGAACGGAUCAUUCUUGGAGCCGGACCAGUGAUUGAGGCCUUUGGUAAUGCGAAGACUGCAGACAAUAACAACUCCAGUCGCUUUGGGAAGUUUGUCCAACUCAGCUAUCUGGAGAGCGGUGUCAUCAGAGGGGCAGUUAUUAAGACGUAUCUACUUGAAAAACAUCGCCUGGUGGCCAGGCAGAAGACUGAGAGGAACUACCACGUGUUUUACUAUCUACUGGUGGGUGCAUCAAAAGAUGAACAGACGGAGUUUCAUCUGUUACGGCCUCAAGAUUAUCUCUACCUCAAGCAGGAUGACCUUUACUUGGAUGAUAAGGAGAUACUUCGUCAGGAAUACAAGAGACUCCAUCAAGCUAUGGAGAUGGUUGGCUUCCUGGCUUCCACAAAGAAACUGAUAUUUUCCGUUCUCUCUGCAAUCCUGCACCUGGGUAAUGUGACAUACACUCAGUCAGAUGAAACUCAGGUCUUGGAGGUUGGACCUGCUGAAGUCCUCACCACACUAUGUGAUCUCCUCAAGGUGAAAAAGGAGCUCCUUGUGCAAGCUUUGACCAAGAGGAGAGCUGCAUUCACCACUGACACAGUAGUUUUACAGUACACACUACAAGAGGCCACCAAAAUGCGGGACUCCAUUGCCAAGUCUUUGUACAGUGCUCUAUUUGACUGGAUUGUCCUUCACAUUAACCACGCUCUGCUGAAUAGGCGAGAUAUGGAGGAGUCUGUCUCUUGUUUGUCCAUUGGUAUCCUGGAUAUGUUUGGAUUUGAAAAUCUGCAAACAAACAGUUUUGAGCAGUUGUGCAUAAACUACACCAAUGAGAACCUACAGCAUUACAUUAACCAGCACAUCUUUGAGCUUAAACAAGCAGAUUAUGUGGCAGAGGGCAUCACCUGGCAGAGCGUCUACUACACUGACAACAGUGACUGCAUUCAGCUUUUCAGUCAGAAACUGACUGGACUCUUUAACCUGCUGGAUGAGGAGAGCAACCUCCCUCAGACCACAGAUGAAACUCUGUUGGACAGGUUGAAGCAGUGUCAUCAAGACAACCCUUACUUUGCACCCGCUGCAGCUACAGAGUAUAGCUUUGUGAUUCACCACUUUGCUGGGAAGGUCAAAUAUCACAUUAAGGAUUUCCAAGAGAAAAAUACAGACACCAUGCGACCUGAAGUCAUUGCACUGCUACGGAGCAGUAGACGGGUCUUCAUGCAUCACCUUGUUGCAUCCAAUCCAGAAGCACUUUUUCGAUGGGGAAUUCUCAGGGCUAUGAUCCAGAUCCUCACCAUCUUCAAAAAAAUUGGAUGCCAAAAGCCCAAAGUUGUAGCCACUAGAGCAGGGUCUGCUAGUCAUACAGUCCGCAAGUGCCUUAAAGAUAUUAAACAGCGUAGCAGUGCGAUGGACAGCAACAGUCUGACACUGGAUUUUUCUUUCGAUCGCUCUGAUGAGCAUCCUCUUGAUGUAUUUGAAGACAUCUUUGCCAAUUAUGAAAAGAGAAAAAAAAAUAAAGGCAGCCGACAGAAACAGCUUAUUCCAAAGAACCUCAUGGAUUCACGCUCGCUCAAACAUAUUGCAAAUGCUGCAGCACAUGACCGGACCAGCAAAUUCAUCCUGCAUCGUGAUCAGAGCAGGAAGCCCCCUUCAGUCAGCGCUCAGUUUCAGGUAUCGCUCCUGAAGUUGAUGGAGACAAUUGUAAAAGCAGAACCGUUCUUUAUUUGCUGCAUUCGCUCCAAUGCCGAAAAGAAGGAGCUGUACUUUGAUGAUGACUGUGUACUAAAACAAAUAAAGUACAUGAACAUAAUGAAAAUGGUUCAGGUCCAAAAGUCUGGCUACAGUGCCAAAUACACGUUUAAGGAAUUUGUGGAGAAGUUCAGAAUUCUGCUUCCAAAAAGUGCUCCUGCGACACCAGAGCACAUAACUGAGCUGUUUAACAGGAUGGGUCUGGCUCACUCUACAUACCAAAUAGGGAAUACUAUGGUAUUCCUCAAUGAAAAGGAACGGCAGCUUCUCCAGGAUACCAUUAACAAAGAAGUGAUGCGCCGUAUUAUCAUCCUGCAGCGCUGGUUUCGUGGUUGUCUGAUAAGGCUGCACUUUCUGCAAAAGAGAGAUGCCACAUUGAUCAUACAGAGAUGCUGGCGUGAAUUUUAUGAGAAGCAAAACCGAACUGCAACUGUGAUCCAGUCAGCAUGGCGGAGUUCACUGAGUAAAGAGGACGAUAAAACCAUCACCACCCGUCCAGGAAGGCAGAGCUUGACAAGAAAAGAGUUGAAGAGACAGCAGGGUGUGGAGCUGAGUCCCAGCAGAACACAGCACUCUGACCAAGGCCAAGAUGGCCAGCCUACACAGAGGGCCAGUAAUGAGGAGGAACAAGGCAGAGGGUCGCCACCACUUUUAAACAGACCCUUCUCCGUCCCGCUGGACGCAAAGGUUGUUGGUGAUGACGGCUCCACCAGCCCCUCACAAGUCAGCACGCUGCAGCGCUACAACAGGAUGGGGGGCAUCAAGGAGAAGGCCGUGCGGUGGAGGGAAAGAAGAAGUGAGGGAGAGCCAACAGAUGACUCGAGUCCAGACAUUAAGCAAAGGAGGGAGAAACGGAAGGAAAACUUUUAUGGCAAAGGGAAGUCGAUAUCUGCUGACGAACUGUCCAGGAUGAGCUCAUCUGGCUCUGAUACCUCACCGUCUCCCAAUGAGGUCGGAGUGCGCCUCCGAAAGCAGCGUAAACGCAAGCGGCGUUUAGCCUAUGCCCGUAGUGGUUUGGUGAUUAACCUUGGGGGCUCCAAGGAGAGUGAAUACUGGAGCUUUCCACUGCCUCCCUUCAGCCCCCACGUCCCCGCCAUGAAGUCUUCCGCCAGUAGCAUGGAUGUCCAGGCCCUGAAAUCCCAGGUUAAGAUACAAACAGUACCUGAUGGGUCAAGGUUUAGCCUUCCAGCUACGAGCACCAAUGAAGGCUCAGGACAGCAGACAUCUAACCGAUCACAGCUUACAACCCCUGAGAAGGUUUGGUUUCUCACUAAGUUCCUAAAGAAACGGACACCUCGAACUUCUCCAACCAGUUAUAAUUCAACGAGUAAAGCAGCCACCUUACCUAACUACUCCCCUAGUCCCUACUAUAAUGCAUACCAGAGCAGUGAGAGGACAAAUCGUAACACCUCCAUUCGAAUCAGCCGGGCCACACGGGCCUUACAGGACACAUCUCUAGACCGGGAGAUUACCGACACAAAGGAGUUACGAAACCUGGAUGAGUUCCUUGGCAGACAGGUAAAUGAUCUUCAGUGUAGAGUAAAAGAGUUAUCACCAACAGAGACCAUCUUCCUUACAUCCACCACAGAGUUCAGAGAAACCAUCAAAAGCAUGUAUUCUGUUCAGAAACCCCAAAUUGCCUACAAAGAUCUGAUGAUGAACUAUCAUAACAAAGUGAACAGUCUGGCAGGGCCCAAGGAGAAAGCCGAAGUUUGUCUGGUUGUCAACCUCUUCCAGUCUGUGUUGGAUGGCUUCAUUAGGGCCGAGUUAAAACGUGUGGAGUCUGAACCAGUCAAGGUUGCCAAGGCAACAAAGAAGAGGAAAAAGGAAAAAUGUUUCAACAGUCCUCUGGAUCACCUGUUCAGCACAUAUCAAGUGAACAUUAUGCAGUCAUGUGACUUAUGUGGCUCCUAUAUCUGGGCAAUGGAGAAAGCCUACAUGUGCAGUGCUUGCAAGUUGAUAUGCCACAAGAAAUGCCUUAACAAUGUCAUCACAGACUGCUCAACCCGCUGUUCCAAACAAGAUGACAGCACACCAGGCUCCCUUCAUUUUGGAGUGCACGUGUUCAUGCUCUCCAAUAAGACCAACCCUGUGCCAAAGGUGGUGGAGUUGUUGCUGUUGCACAUUGAGCUGAAUGGGCUCUACACAGAGGGGAUCUACCGCAAGUCUGGCUCAGCCUGCCGAGCCAGAGAGCUCCACCAACUUCUGCAGACAAAUCUUGAGGAAGCAUGUUUGGAAAACUACCCUAUCCACACCAUCACAGGCCUGGUUAAACGUUGGCUCAGAGAGCUACCUGAUCCUCUCAUGACCUUUGGCCUCUACAGUGAUUUUCUGCAUGCUGCGGAACUUCCAGAGAGAUCUGAGCGAGUAAGGGCUAUAUAUCAGAAGACUGAUGAACUUCCUCCUGCUAAUUACAGCACAUUGGAGCGGCUCAUCUUUCACCUUGUCAGAGUUGCAAAGGAGGAAAAACACAACAAGAUGUCGCCAAGCUCUCUUGCUAUUGUGUUUGCCCCUUGCAUCUUGCGCUCUCCUUAUGCUGACGACCCCUUCCUUGGCAUGAAGGACGUGUCUAAAACUACAGUGUGUGUGGAGAUCCUGAUCUCUGAGCAGCUCAGGCGCUAUACAGAGAAAAUGCAGAAUAUCCAGGAGCUGGAAUAUGCAGAGGCGCUCGCUGUCAAUCAGCUCAAACUGAAAAGGCAAAAUACGAUCGAGAAUUCCUCAGAGCUAAAGGUUCCUGAUCAAAUCGAAUCAGAUGAUGUGGAGAAGACCCUUAUUGAGAGAAUCAAGUCUAUCAAGCAAGAAAAGGUGGAGCUGGCCUGCAGGUUACCUGACCUGGAGCAGGAAAACUCUGACCAUGACAACUUGGAUUCUUCACCAUCAACUAGCACAGAGAGCCUGGACCAUAUAGAAAGUCUGGACUCAGAAGGAAAUGUAACCAUGCCAUUGAAGACCCAGAAGCCCAACUUCCCAACUAAGGUCACUAAAUUGACGACACUGGAGUGUCUGCUGAACGAGAGCCAGCCAGGACAUGAGACUCAAUCUGGUCCAGACAAUCCCUCAAGUGCCUCUGCAGUCACCAAUUCCCAGGUCACCGGCAAGACUUCCGGUGGGAGCUUUGAUGACCUGGACAUUCCUUACAUAGAUGAGGACAGCUAAUCUGACCAUAAUUCAGACGUGCCUUUGGACAGAUGUAUGUAAUUAUACUCUUAAAUAAUUGUGCAUGUUGUUUUAUAGAAUUUGUCCGUGCUGCUACAGGAGGAAAAAAAAAUCUGCUUCAGGAAUUUAGGUGUAUCCCUAAUUUCUGUUAACAAUCUGGAAAAAAACUAACAGUUGUAAUUAUUUUUUGUGAAUACACUUGUAUGAUUCCAAGUAUAUUUCAGAACUGUGCAGUAUGUAUUUUAUAAAUGUAGAUAUUUCCGGCCCUUAUGUAGAGAAAACAGGACAUGACGAGAAGCAAAAGGUUACAAAUGUUUGCUUUACAAAGGGACUAAUUUCUGAUCCAUGGUGGUGCCGCCAGCUGUUUGUGUAGUAUGUAAAAACAAACAUGUCUUUCUCGUGUUGUACAGAGUGACCUUCUCUUCAGUAACUGACAUUUUGGGCUGUUAAUCAGUGCAUCUGAACGAGAUGACUUGCUUUUCUUAAACUGUCCUUUGUGAUAUUCACUGCAGUAACAGAUUCAGUGUACCUGUAACGUACACGGUCCUAAUGCUGCCUUUUAGACUGACUGACUGUUUUUCAUGUCACUUUUCUUGCUAAUCCCAAGGUUGUGCAGUUUCACCAAAUUAACUAUUUGUUUUUAAAUGUUGGGGGUUUUGGUGAUGUAUUUCUGUACAUUUUAUAUGGUUAAAAAAAAAAGAGACUUACUGUGUUGGAUGUUUCCAGGGUUUAGCCUGUCUCUCCAACUGGAAUAAAAUGACAAUUGUCUACUGUC